AUGGAUGCCACAAUUAUCAUCCACUUCCAGUUGCUUUAUCCAGAGGAGAAGGAAAAGAGUAGUGAAAACGAAAAAUGCACAACAUAUUCUUCUCUCUUAGGUGUAUUCGUAUGGGAUGUUGCUGGCAAGAGAUAUUAUGAUUUCCUUGCUUCUUAUUCUGCUGUUAAUCAAGGCCACUGUCAUCCACGGAUCCUUGAGGCCGCUAUAAAGCAAAUGAAACAACUCAGUCUUACAUCACGAGCGUUCUUCAAUGAUGUUCUUGGAGAGUACGAAGAAUUCCUAACGAAGAAGUUUAAGUACGACAAAGUUUUGCCGAUGAACACAGGUGUGGAAGCAUGCGAAUCAGCAGUAAAACUCGCUCGUCGCUGGGCUUACGACAAAAAGGGUGUUCCCGCCAAUAAGGCUAAGGUGGUUUUUGCUGAAAACAAUUUUUGGGGACGAUCAAUAGCUGCUGUAUCUGCAUCAACAGAUCCAGAAUCCUACGGUGGCUUUGGGCCAUUUGUACCGCUUUUCGAAAAAGUUCCUUACAACGACCUAAAAUCCCUUGAGAAAGCGAUUUCCGAUCCUAACACAGCAGCAUUUAUGGUGGAACCAAUCCAAGGUGAAGCCGGUGUCGUACUGCCAGACGACGGGUAUUUGAAGGUUGUUGUCGUAUUUGACAUAUAGAC